UUGCUCAAACUAGCUGUCAUUAAGUAGAAUAUCGCUUCUGUCGCUUAAAACGGGACAGGUGCAGCGACCAGGAUGACUUCCAACGAAUACAAUAUAAUGGCUACAUCACCCCGUGAGCUUACUCAGAACCCGCUGAAGAAAAUAUGGAUGCCAUGGAAAAACGGGCUCUUUGUACACAUUUUACAAAGAAGGGUAUGUAUGACCAACUGUCCCACCCUCAUUGUGACGGUGGGCCUCCCAGCAAGAGGGAAGACCUACAUCUCCAAGAAGCUGACCCGCUAUCUCAACUGGAUUGGUGUGCCAACCAAAGAGUUCAACGUGGGUCAGUACAGGAGGGAGUGUGUGAAGAUUUACAAGUCUUUUGAGUUUUUCCAUCCAGACAAUGAAGAGGGGCUGCAGAUCAGGAGGCAGUGUGCACUGACGGCGCUGAAUGAUGUGUGCCAGUACCUGACUGUGGAGGGAGGCCAGGUGGCGGUGUUUGAUGCCACUAACACCACCAGGGAGAGGAGAUGGACCAUCACCAGGUUUGCAGAGCAGAAUGGCUUUAAGGUGUUCUUUGUGGAGUCUGUGUGUGAAGACCCUGAUGUCAUUGCAGAGAACAUAGCGCAAGUGAAGCUGGGUAGUCCUGACUACAUAGACUGUAAUACAGAGGAGGUCAUCGAGGACUUCAUGAAGAGAAUCAAGUGCUACGAGAACUCUUACCAGCCACUGGAUGAGGUUCUAGACAGGGAUCUGUCCUACAUUAAGAUCAUGGACGUGGGCCGGAGAUACCUGGUGAACAGGGUGCUGGACCACAUCCAGAGCCGCAUUGUCUACUACCUAAUGAAUAUCCACAUCACACCACGCUCCAUCUACCUGUGUCGCCAUGGAGAGAGUGACCUCAACGUCAAAGGACGCAUCGGAGGAGACUCGGGCCUGUCUGGCAGGGGCAAGGAGUUUGCAAAGUGUCUGGGGAAGUUUAUCCAGGAGCAAAACAUUAAGAAUCUGAAGGUGUGGACCAGUCAGAUGAAGAGAACCAUUCAGACAGCCGAGGCCGUGGCUGUCCCCUAUGAGCAGUGGAAGGCUCUCAACGAGAUCAAUGCUGGUGUGUGUGAAGAGCUGACGUAUGAGGAGAUCCAGGUACAUUUCCCUGUGGAGUUUUCACUGAGAGACCAGGACAAAUACCGCUACCGCUACCCUAAAGGAGAGUCCUAUGAGGACCUGGUGCAGCGGUUGGAGCCAGUCAUCAUGGAGCUGGAGAGGCAGGAGAAUGUCCUGGUCAUCUGUCACCAGGCUGUUAUGCGCUGCCUGCUCGCUUACUUCCUGGAUAAGAGUGCAGAGGAGCUACCUUACCUGAAGUGCCCUUUGCACACUGUAUUGAAGCUGACCCCUGUGGCGUAUGGAUGUAAAGUAGAGUCUGUCUGGUUGAAUGUGGAAGCUGUGAACACCCAUAGGGACAGGCCAGAGAAUGUAGACAUUUCACGGAUGCCGGAAGAAGCCCUGUUCACAGUCCCCGCCCACCAGUGAUGAGUGACGGUGCACAAAGUUUAGAUUCAAUCAGUUCUUCCUUCACCUGCGAUAACUGACAACUGUAUAGCAGUUUCAUUGCUUUUAUUCAUGGAAUGUCGUAGGUGUAACGGCGUUAGAGCUGUCAAAUCAGGAAGCGACUCUCGGCGUGAUACCAAUCAAUGCAAAUUGCUAUUUAAAAAAAUCCUUGCAGCGGGAUUUGAAAAGAGUGCAUCCGAAUCUUUCAUUUGACAUAUUUCUAUCUAAAGUGGCAAUCAGCAGAGGAAACAAUAACGAAGAGUGAUCCCCGGUUUCGGUAAAAAGCUGAGGGAUGGGCUGGAGAAAUGUAACUAUUCUCAAAUUGGGAUUACCAUCCAUGAUAUCAACAUUGAGUUUUAACCAUGUUUUGAGGCUAUAUAGUGUUUGUUUACAUUUACUUUGGUUACAAACAUUGGAGUAAAAGCUUAGAUUUUGGGUUCUGAUGGAGGCAUUUAUACAUUUUAUUCUUCAAGAAUCAUUAAUUUAUAAGUCCAAAAAUGUAAUUAGCAACUGCUGAUUUCCCCUUUUUUAAGGUUCUUUAAAAAAAAAACAUACUUGUUUAAUCUUGGUUCUUCACCUGAUCUGUGUCUUUCCUUCUGUGCAAAAUUGGCUGUGUUUAGACAGGCAUCCCAAUCCUGAUCUUUUUUCCACAAAUUGGUCUUUUGACCAAUCAUAUCAGAUAUUUCUCAGAGCUGAUCUGAUUGAUCAAAAACAAUUUUGUGAAAAAAAUGUCAGAAUUCGGCUGCCUGUCAAAACGUCUAGAGAACUGGAAUCCAGUUCAAUGGUGAUUCACCCCACUAUCGGGGUAUGUGUGAGUGUGUUUUGUAUGUGUGUGAGUGUAUUAUGAACAAUGUAAGGACAAUCUGAUGUGAAACCUUUUUUAUAUACAAGACAUAUGGCUUUUAAUCAAAUUGUAAAGUGUCUUGACACUGGCUGCGUUUACACAGGCAGCCCAGUUCUGAACUUUGUCCACUAAUUGGCCUUUUAACCAAUCAGAUCAACUCUUUUGCCAAUCAUUUGGUAAAGAUCAGAAUUGGCAGCCUGUGGAAGCUAAAUGUAAUACUCCUUGUUCUUAGUAUUUUAGUUUUUGUCCAACCAUUUGUCUGUUAACAAGUGUUUUUUUAAAGCUGUUUUUUAUUUUGUGAAUUUCCUAUAAAACCAACUACUGCUUUUAACCGCUGCAGAAGAUGUGAUAUUUGGAAUCGGACUCUAGGUGGGGACAUAAAUUGUAGGUAAUAUUAUUUUUUUUUUAAAUAUAUAUAUGUCUGGUAUAAAAUCAGACACAUAAAGGUGGUUUUGCACAUCUAUUUUUUUCAAUCAAGGUCCUCGUCAUCUAGUUCAAAUCUAAACUGAUUGACUUUUUUUUCAUGUUGCAUCAGUGAUCUGCUAUAUCUAGAAUGUGUUUGGCUCUAUUGCUCAAUGUCUAAAAUGCUGCUGUAGUUUAGCAUCUGUAGUGUCAUGACAAAUCAAUUGAAAUGACUACUAAUAUCUGUGUAAACACAAGUAAUGAUCACCAUAAUAAUCAGUUGUCAGUAAUGCUGUGAAUGUCAAUAAAUCGCUCACUGGUUGUUUAUCGUUUUCAGCAGGUUCACCAUGUCUUGUUUGUUCAUUUUUGACUUGUUUGUCAACGUGCCAAGAAUAUGAUGCAUUCAAUGUAAAUAUCUACAUCAUCCAAAUGGAAUAAAUAUUUUUUUUGUUAAA